UCUCUCUCUCUCCUCAUAUUCCUUUUUCACUCAUUCUCCACAAAAAAAAAAAAAAAAAAAAAAAAAUUCCUUUUCACUGUUCCCUAGCUACCUCACUGUUCCCUUCUCUCUCUCUCUCUCUCUCUCUGCUUUCUGUGGCGUCUCGAUCCCGCCCAGCCACUACCUGUACAACCCACUAAUACAUAUUAUUCUUUUUCACAAGUAAAACCCAGUUGUUAUUCUCCAUUUUAGUUUAAAUAAUAAACUCUCUGCUAAUUGUUUCACCUCAAAGCUCGAAUCUUUCUUUGAUCUGCGCCUCAGCUCAAGUUUCUUCCCAUGUUGCUGAUUGGUUCUAGUAGUUGUAGGUUCAAACUAAUGUGCUCUAACCCACCACAGCAACAUUGAGGGUAGCAGUUUUGGCAAUGCUUACAUACGAGCAAGACCCGGAUGUUGUUCGCUGGGGACUCCAGCUCUUUGAAGGUGAUCCGUAUUCGAAUUGUGGGUAUUGUGACUCAGUUAACCAAGAUGGCACUAAUUAUUAUGCGGGGCAUUAUUUUAAGGAAGAUGUGGUGUAUGAUGCGGAUUGUAUAAAUGUGGAAUAUGAUGAACUUAUUGCUCAUGCUCUUCAAGAAGAGCUGUCACUACUUGAUAUAGAGGAGGACGAGCCGGGAUCUGCGCCUGAGCAAGUAGAGCAUUUGCAAGCAUCUGUCUUCCCACAAGAUUGGUCACAGCAAUCUAUUGGAAAUUAUGGCUCUGGACAGGAGAGUGUUCAGGCAGAGGCAGAUGAAGUUGGGCCUUCUACUUCUACUUCGUGUUCUAGCCCAGAUGAAAAGGCGUACUAUGGAGAUGAGUGGUCAUAUUCCCUAGAGCUGGCUAAUGAAUAUACAUUUGAUGGAGACAGGUUGAACCAGAUGGUUCCUGUCCCUCAUGUUCCUAAAAUUAAUGGUGAUAUACCCUCGCUAGAUCAAGCAACUUUAGAUCACCAAAGGCUUCUGGACAGGUUGCAGUUAUAUGGGUUGGUUGAAAAUAAGGUCCAAGGAGAUGGAAACUGUCAGUUCCGCGCUCUAGCUGACCAAUUUUAUCAAUCUCCUGAACACCAUGAAUUUGUGAGACAACAAAUUGUAAAUCAGCUCAAGUCAUACCCAGAGAUAUAUGAAGGAUAUGUUCCCAUGGCUUAUGAUGACUAUUUGGAGAAGAUGUCCAGGAGCGGUGAGUGGGGCGAUCAUGUUACUUUACAGGCUGCUGCAGAUUUGUAUGGAGUUAAAAUUUUUGUCAUAACAUCUUUCAAGGACACCUGCUACAUUGAGAUUCUUCCUAAUGCUGAAAGAUCGAAACGAGUAAUUUGUUUGAGCUUUUGGGCAGAGGUGCACUACAACUCAAUUUAUUCUGAAGGAGAUUUGCCUACAUUUGAGACGAAGAAGAAGAAGAAAAGGGGGGUGUCACGUAAUAAGCACUUGGAGUCCCCAAAUAAAUACCAAUGAGUGAAUGGGUUCUCAUUUAAUGUGGAUUUUGAGGACAUAUUACAACGGAUAACUGCUGCUAAUUGUCUUAAUACAUGUCUGUAAACGCAACGUCUCUAGUCCACUCAUAAAUAAGAUGUUCUACUGGUUAUGAGACCUUUUACCAGUUUGUUACUGGUUGCUAACUCCAUUGUAGUUCUUUGGCACCCAAGAGUAUCCUA